CAUUCAGAUUUGGGGUUUGAUGUAGCGUACAGGCCAGCUGUUUGGCGCCUAAAUGGUGAUAUCCCCGGUGGAGGAAUGGCGUGUGGUGCCGUGUUGCUUCAGUUAUAGUAGGAAAGACUGAGCACGGGGAUUUCCUCGCCUGCUUGUUUUGUAGGCGGGGAGUUGUUUGCCACUUUCACAAGCAGGGCGCUGAGAGGUUGGAGACAAGAGUCGAGGAAUGUCAAAACUGUGUAACUAGGCUGCUUUUGUGAGAAACAGUUUGCCAAGGCGUCGCGUGUGCCUCUGUAUCACAUCACAGCGCUUCUUGCUGGUUUAUCAACUCAUGCGCUUCUUGCUGUUUAAACCUGCUGCUUCAUCACCUCGUUGUGGAGAGGAGCAAGAGCGAGCCGAGGCAGCGGUUUAGCGAGAUCAGACCAACCAGCAGUACAGGUGGACGCGGCUCUCGUGGCAUGACUACCACAAACAAGGGAAACAAGGCCUUGAAGGUGAAGCGGGAGCCAGGGGAAAAUGGCACCAGCCUGACAGAUGACGAGCUGGUGACCAUGUCAGUGCGAGAGCUGAACCAGCAUCUACGAGGCCUGACGAAGGAGGAAAUCCUUCAGCUGAAGCAGCGGCGGCGUACCCUGAAAAACCGUGGCUACGCUGCCAGCUGCCGGGUGAAGCGUGUCACCCAGAAAGAGGAGCUGGAGAAGCAAAAGGCUCAGCUGCAGCAGGAAGUGGACAAGCUGGCCACAGAGAACGCCAGCAUGAAGGUGGAGCUGGACGCUCUGCGUUCAAAGUAUGAGGCCCUCCAGAGCUUUGCUAGGACUGUGGCCCGCAACCCCGUUGCCUCAGCCAGGGGACCCAUGGCCUCUGUCAUAGGGCCCCUCAUCCCUGGUAAAGUAGCUGCCACCAGCGUCAUCACCAUCGUCAAAUCCAAAACGGAGGCUAGGUCGUAGUAGCAGAAAGGGCGGGAGGAAGAUAUUCAAGACUAAACUAGUCAGUGCAUUGUAACAUGCUGCAGGAUUACCUGUGUAAGUUCUCUGUUUUAACCCUUGGCACUAACACUAAAAAUAUGCUUCCCAAAUUCACUCUUAAAGUAUGACUCAGCAGUCUGGCAGUUGGUUGUCUAAGAAUGACGAGGUAUUGAAAAUACUGAAACGUUUUAUUUAAAAAGCAGACUGUGGUUACAAAUACUCAUGAAGGGAAUGCUGGGUAGAAAAAGGACAAAAAUUGAAUCAAAUUCAGACUGUUAAUAGCUUGUUGAUUUUUGGUAAGGUACUGUGUGUGAUGUGUUUGUUUCCUUGAGGCUGAGCUCUAAAGAUCUUUCCGUCCUAAAAAUUGGCAUUUAUAGAGUCUCACAAACAGUAAAAUAAUAUGUUUUAGAUAUUAGUCCUUGCCCCUGAAGCCCUUUGCCUGUUAUUAUGCACUGACUUAAAUUUGAAUGAAUAACAAAUGGUCACAAACUCUUGGUGUGGAUGCUACAGAUGUCUUCAUAACAGCCUGACUAACCCAAAACUAGUAAAUUAGUCAAAUUUGUGAUUUUGUUGGUCGUCUGUCAAGAACAUAAGCGUGAAAUAAUGCUCCCAAAUCUAGCAUUCAUUUCUGUUUAUCUGUGACAGGCUUUAAUGAACUUGUCAUUAUCAAUAUGACUGGUAGAUGCAAUAAUAUAUGUAUGCACUGAAAAUACAAAGAGGUCUUGCAUAUUUAUGGUUAAGUGGAAACGUUAAAAAUGAUCAGCAGUUCUUAAUGAUAUUGUUCCAGAGCUGAGUGCCAUUCCAAUAUGACAAGAUUCUUCUACAAUAUCUGAAUACCUGAAUGUUAUAACAGUAAUAUCCUCGUGUUUUGUGGGGACGGUGAAAUCCACAAACAUUUUGAAACAUAAUUUUUGCUCAUAGAGAAAAUACGUUCAAGUUGUUUUGUUUGAAAGAUAUAUAUUGCAUUUUUUGUAAUUACUUGUUGACAGGGCCGUCAGAUAUUUCCAAAAGAAAAAUCUUUACACAAGCUUUACUGUUUGAAUUGUUAAGGUGUAGAAAACUUUGUCUAAUGUUGAGUUCUUGGUUUUUAUUACUAGGUAGAUUACCUUCCAUUGUUUAUAGAAAUACAGAUAACGAAAACGUAAAAAAAAAAAAAAUCCUGUGACAUCUUUUUGCAAUUGUACCGAAAGUGGCUUACUAUUGAAGUCUGAUAGCUUUUUUCUAGUGACUAGGCGCGUACUGUGGGGUAGCGCGUGACGUGAUGUGUAAGUGACAAGUUGGCAGUGUCGUUCACUGUAUAGAUGUCAAUGCUGUGCUAUUUAAAACAAAUCUGUAGAGCUAAACUAGGUGGUGUAAACAAGGUCAAUUGUCUUUGUGCGUAUUGGCAUCUGUGAUAUCCUCCGCUUCCUCGGUGUUAGUUACAAAUCAUAUUGUCAUCAAGAGUUUACCACAUUGAGCCAUGUAAGACAGAAUUGGGUGGAAUCGCAUUAGUGACUUUUACCUGAAGCUUAAAGUGAUGCUGUCAUUGCAGAAUCUGAAUAAUGUUUCCACUUGGUGCUGGAUGCCCUCUAAAAAUAUCCUCUGUAAUCUGGUAGUAAAUGACUUCAUUGUUGGGACGAUUUCAUCAUCGUAUCCAUUCCAGCCACUGAAUUUAUUUGAAAUAGAUUGCAGGAAUAGAAAUGAAAAACCCUUCAAAUUUGACAGACUAAAUGAAAUGUGAAGUGAAACGUCCAGUGUGUAGGAUUUAGGGGGAUAAAAUGAAUAUGUAAAGUUUUUUUUUUUUUUAGUGUAUAAUCACUUUAAAUAAGAAUUGUUGCGCUUUUGUUACCUUAAAAUAAGCUGUUCAUAUCUAAAUAGGGAGAUGUUGCAUCAACACGUUUCUACAGUUGCCCAGACCAGACAAACCACUGGCUCUAGCUGGGGCUGUUCGUGCUUUCGCGUUGGCCACCAUAGUUAGGGGCCCCUCUGUGACACGUUGUUUGGAAAAACACACAUUUUUUAACAUGAAAUUGCUUCCCAGCUGGCACCAGAUGUCAUGUGAUGUUAGAAAGACGUUGGACUCUUUUAUCAGACAAAUGUAAAAUUUUGGUUGGAAUGAAAAUCGAGUUGACGAUUUUAAAUGUCUAACGUUAGAAUUUCACUUUGUGUGGACGUUAACAUUAUUAUGUUAUUCUCCGUUAAGUCGCCAUCAGCAUGAGACAUUUGGAAGAUGCUGGAUUUUGGAUUUAACAAAACUUAAUACCAACAAAAUAUUAGCAUCAUCUGUUGUCAGUAAUCUAUGUGAAAUUUAGGGAUGCACAAUAAUAUCAGCACAUUAUCUAUCGGCCGAUAUUGGCUUUAAAAUGAAACAUUGGAAUCGUCCAACAUGCAGAUUUUUACCGAUAUGACAAACCUAUAUAUUUUUUUAACUGACAGUUAAAUGAUACAGCACAGGUAGCAAAACAACAUAUCUGAAAUAUAUACAAGUAUGUAAGUAGGAAUGAAGCAGAAAAGGUAUCUCACGUGCUUGUAAAUUACAAUGAAAGGGCCAUUAACCAAAGACAACAUGUCUUAAAUGUUUAUGAUUUACUAUUUAUUAUUUACUUACUUUUUGGUGCAAAAGCACUUACAAUAUAGUAUGAAAUGCUGAUACCCAGUGUGAAGAUAAUGUUCACAAUCACCAUAAAUUAACCAGUAACCCAAUACGUUUGUCAUUUGAGUCUAUUAACAAACUGUUAGGAAUAAAACAUACUGAACAAUGAAACAAUUGGGCCCACAGAUGUGUUACUGUUACAGUCUGUGAAAGUCUAUGUAGUAGUUGAGCUCAGAGGAGUGAAUCCUUGUGUUCAGAGUUCAGUAACUUACGACACUGCACUGUCCUGUCUAAGGUUAAUCUAGAGGAAGCUGCCUAACAAGGUCCUUCGCAGAAAAAAACACUUUAAAAUCCGAAGACUGAUGCCAAAAAAACUACGAUGUUAAAGGAUGAGUCCUGCAGUGCUGUGUUCUGAUGUGGCGUUAUCCUCUCUUGAUCCAACAAACAAUGUAAACUCAACUGCUAAGCUAGCUAACGGUUAGCAAGAUACAGUCCACACUAGUUGGAGGCUGCCAAAGCAGCUAGCUAGAUGCUAGUGGGCUAAACCAUCCACACAAUUCUUCCGGCAUGGCACUUUGUCAGAAGUUUUUUUACAGUCAUUCCAAGACACUGAGCAAAAGCCCCACAGUCAGCAUGCUCCUGUGCUUACAGUCAGCUCUUUUCGGCUCACUAUUUAGUACAUGCUACCGUCUCUACCACUACUGACAGCUUAACAAGCAAAUUAACACCCAUUCAACUUGAACUCCACUAAAUAAACUCUUCUUUACAAAUUUCUUUAACCACCACCAAGGAAAACAAAAGACUGAAGUCUUAUUUUUCUUAGGGCUUUUCAAAUUUUAAAGGGAACGUUCUUUAUAAAUACAUAUAAAUCAGACAGUAAAAAAACAGCACUAUACAAUGCAAACACAAGUAGGCUACAUGCUCUUAAACCAGGUCUUACACAAGUAGGCCGAC